AUGAUUAGAAUUAUUAAAGUAACUAAUCGCAUCUGGGGAAAUGUAAAUCAUGCUCAAAGGUUAUCGUCGAAUGUCUUGCGUUUUUCUAUUUCUGCUGUUAAAGAUCGUUAUUAUACUGACAAACAUGAAUGGAUUGAUGUGAAAGAUAAUAUUGGUACCAUAGGAAUUUCAGAUUAUGCUCAAGAUGCUUUAGGUGAUGUAGUUUAUGCUGAGCUGCCUGCUGUUGGAACAGAAGUAAAAAUAAAAGAAGAAUGUGGCGCAUUAGAGAGUGUAAAAGCUGCAAGCGAACUAUACAGUCCAGUAUCUGGUAAAGUGAUUGAAAUAAAUUCUCAGGUGGAAACAAAACCAGCAUUAAUAAAUCAAUCUUGUUAUGAAAAUGGAUGGCUUUUCAAAUUAGAACUAUCAUCUCUGGAAGAAAUACCGAAUUUAAUGAAUGAAGAACAAUAUGCCGAAUUCAUUAAACAGGAUCACAGUUAA